UUUUAUCAGGACGUUCUCCUGCGUAGCAGGAACUUUAGAAGGGGAAGAAUUAUGAAGGAGGACAGGGAUUCAAUUAUGUCCGAUGUCCCCAGCAAUGCGCCAGAACACUGUCCUGGAACUACCAGUGAAAAGGCAGGGAAGGGCUCAGCAUGCCAGGGCUGCCCGAACCAGACGCUCUGUGCCUCCGGUGCCACCAAGGCUCCUGACCCCGCCAUCGCGGAGAUAGCGGAGAAGAUGCUGACGGUGAAGCACAAGAUCCUGGUGCUCUCUGGGAAAGGCGGGGUGGGGAAGAGCACCUUCAGCGCCCACCUGGCCCACGCUCUGGCCAGCGACGUCAGCAAGGAGGUGGCCGUGCUUGACGUGGACAUCUGUGGGCCCUCUAUCCCGAGGAUCAUGGGUCUGGACGGAGAACAGGUCCAUCAGAGUGGCUCGGGUUGGUCCCCUGUGUACGUGGAGGAGAACCUGGCCGUCAUGUCCAUCGGCUUCCUGCUCAGCAGCCCGGACGACGCCGUCAUCUGGAGAGGGCCCAAGAAGAACGGCAUGAUCAAGCAGUUCUUGAGGGAUGUUGAUUGGGGGGACCUGGAUUACCUCAUCGUGGACACGCCCCCUGGCACCUCAGACGAGCAUCUGUCCAUCGUCCAGUACCUGAGCACUGCUGGCAUUGAUGGGGCUGUUAUCAUCACCACACCUCAGGAGGUGUCGCUGCAGGACGUGCGCAAGGAGAUCCGGUUCUGCCAGAAGGUCAAGCUGCCAAUCAUAGGCGUGGUGGAGAACAUGAGUGGCUUCGUCUGCCCCAAGUGCAAGAACACGUCGCAGAUCUUCCCUCCGACCACCGGGGGCGCUGAGCGUAUGUGCGAGGAGCUGGGGCUCCGCCUGCUGGGCAAGGUGCCCCUGGACCCCAGGAUCGGGCGCAGCUGCGACGAGGGGCGGUCCUUCCUCGCCGAGGUGCCCGACUCCCCCGCAGCCCUGGCCUACAGCCGCAUCGUGAAGAGCAUUCAGGAAUAUUGUUCCAACCUCCUCACCGAGGAGCAGAGACUGGACUGACACAGCGGGCCUAUUGCACUGCCCUAUUGAUUAUAUGUUGUUCCAGGACCCAGGGUUUGAUUCCCUGGACUCGGUAGGAGGGGACUACAGUGCAGCUCAGUCAUUGGCCGAGAGAAGACGAGACUCAUCGAUAAGCUUCAGCAAUAGACGGAUAGAUGGACAUUCCUUUAUUACAUGGAUGGUAAAUGUUUUUUAAGGAUACUUGCUGGCUGUGAAUCCAUUUUGAUCAGUGUUCUAAAGUGACACACACUAGUGUUUAUGUCACUUUAAUUAUGUCUAUCAUUCUUCAUAUUUUUAUAUGAAUUUGUGUAUAGGUUUUUUUUUUUGUAUGAUUCACCUGUAAUUACUGAUCAAUAAAGAUAUUGUAUGAUUUA